GAGACUCGGGAGCACCUGGUGCAUUGUGGUGUACUCGGGGCAAUAGGAGAAGUUGGAAUUAAAGGAAUGAAAGGAAUGAAAGGAAAUUCUGGACCAAGAGGACCAACUGGACCUCCAGGCCAACCAGGAGUACAAGGAACUUCAGGACCUAGAGGAAAUCCAGGCCCUGUGGGAGGAGCUGGUUCCACAGGACCACCUGGCCAUGGGUUAUCAGGAGAACAGGGACUACUUAAAUACACAUUUGUUGCUCCAAAGAUGAAAGAGGAUUUAAAGUUAUACAAUGACAUGAAUGAAUUGAUUAAAAAUGCAUGUAGAUGAGACCCUGUAUCUACAGUACAUGUAACUGGAACUGUAGGAAGUAUUCCAAAGUCUGAUUGCAAAGUAUGCAUUACAGGAUUCUAUCAUUGGAGCAACAUCUUAGGAGGAUAAGUGGAAAUGUAUGAAGGAAUCCUUGGGUACAAAUAUCAAUUAUAUGCAGAAGUGGACUCUUAAACUUUACUAACAGACAUGGUAGUCAAGAAAUUUAUACCAUUACCAACUGGAAUUAACUAUUGUGUUUAUUUUUUCAACCAUAAGUACUUUCAGAAUACAAUACAAUUCAAAAUCAGAUUAUUGCGUGAACAUACAAAAAUGUACAAGUUACAUUUAAAAAAAAUGAAAAUGCAUAUAUCAUGUACACGAUGUAUUGAAAAUGAAUUUUAUAUAAAAAAUGAAGUAACAAAAAU